AUGGGACAAUUACCUGCGGUUCGGGUAACAUCGAAACGACCAUUCUUCGUUAUCGGAAUGGAUUUUGCCGGACCGAUCACAACAUUAAUAAAUAGAGGCCGUGGUAGAAAGACAAACAAGUCCUACAUCUCGUUGUUUGUAUGCUUUACAAGUAAGGCGAUUCAUCUUGAGGCUGUCAGUGAUUUGAGUUCAGCUUCUUUCAUAGCCGCACUUAGGCGUUUCACGGGACGUCGAGGUUAUCCUCAACGCAUCUAUUGUAAUAAUGCGACGAAUUUCGUCGGAUCAAGGAAUGAAAUUUGCGAGAUGUAUGAUUUGAUUGAGAAGGAGGAGCGGGAAUUGAACGACAAUUUUCCAAAUAGAAUCGAAUGGAAAUUUAUACCACUGGCGUCUCCUCACAUGGGAGAUUUAUGGGAAGCAGACGUAAAAUCAUGUAAAUUUCACCUAAAACGAGUUAUAGGAGAGAAUUUAUUAACAUUUGAGGAAUUAAACACAAUUCUAGUUCAAAUCGAGGCUUGCUUAAACUCGCCCGAUUUGUCAAUUGCCUUCAACAGCCGCUGA